GGUGGUGGUGGGAGUGUCAGUCUUCCUGCACUGACAGCUGAUCGGUGAGGCGCGACUGGUUCAUAACUGCAGUCUACUGUCCGCCGUCCCAGCCAAGCACUGUGGAGGAGAGGAGUGUGCAGCCAGUCACCAGGGAGGAACAGAGGAGUUAGAAGAGCCAGCCAAGUAGUGCAGCGAGAUGAGACAUUGGGUAACAGAAGGAAAGGCGGUGUAAGGUUUUCUCUGGGACCCUAACAAGUGUGGCCAUCACCUGCUGCCCUCUGCCCGGCCAGCCGCCCCACGCCUCGCCUCGCUGUCCCGCCAGAGUGUAUGAAAGGGAGCAACAUGGAUGUGGGUGAGGCGGAGUGUGAGGCGAUGAAGCGCGCCACACUGCUGGUAGAGAACAUGCUGCAGCGGCCGGAUCAGCUGCAGAAGGUGGAGCAGUACCGUCGCAGAGUGCAACGCAAGAAGGCAUCUGUGGAGGCCAUGCUAAAGACAGCCAUGCAGAGUCAGCUGGAUGGGGUGCGCACCGGACUGACUCAGCUGCAGUCUGCUCUCACUGACCUCAGGGAAAUCAAGACCUGCCUGGGUGAGGUGGAGAGCAGUCUGGUGCGAGUGCCUGAGCUCAGCAAGGACCUGAACGAGUGCCGGGCAGAGUAUGUGCGGCACUCCCAGUAUGCUGCCGCCAUGGAGAACCUGAAACACAUCUUUACUGUGCCGGAGUCUGUGAAGAAGACAGAAAAGUGGAUUGGUGAUGGACGACUGCUGUAUGCCCACCAGUGUCUGAUGGACUUAGAGAACAGUGGUGAUGAUCUUCUCUUUGAGUUGCACAAGUUGCCUCACCAGAAUCCCAAUGACACACGCAUGCUCAAGGAAUACUUUGCUGAUGUGCACAAGCUUUCCGAGAAGUUAGGCAAGCAGGUGUGGAUCAUCCUGCAGCGCACCCUCAACACCGUCAGGAAGGAACCUGCCCAGAUCGUCACGGCUCUCAGGAUUGUGGAGCGCGAGGAGAGGGCGGACCAGUUUGCUCUCCAGCGGCAGAAAGGAUCAGGCUUCCUUCCUCCCGGCCGCCCCAAGAAGUGGCAAGAGAAGACCCUGAAGGUGCUGGAAGAAGCUGUGGUGCAGCGCAUUGAAGGCAACAUGUUUGAGGACCGCACCGACAGCAAGAACUGGCUCAUCAAACAUCUCGAGGUGGUUCGUCUGCUGGUGCUGGAAGACAUGAAGGUGAUCCGCUCCCUAUGCGUGCCCUGCUUCCCGCCAAGCUAUGAUAUUGUUAAUCUGUACGUCCGAAUGUACCACAAGAGCCUGGCCAAUCAUCUGGUGAAGCUCAUUAAGGCUGGACUGGAGGACAAUGAGUACGUCACGCUGCUGUCCUGGGUGCUCAAUGUAUAUGCCGGACCAGAGCUCAUGGGCCAUCCAACUCUCAACAUAAACAUUGCCAAGCUGGGGCCACUCCUAGAGGAUGAGGUGCUGCAGGACCUUAUAUCAGAGUACCUCAAUAAUGUGAACAAUAACUAUGACUCCUGGAUGACUAAGGCGCUAGAGAUUGAGGAGAAGGAGUGGUACCGCUCAGAGCCGCCUCAGCAGGACCCAGACUCCCACUACAAGACAGAAUUGCCGCAACUUAUUCACGACAUGAUCCGCCAGAAUCUGGAGGUGGCCAACACCACCAGCCCAGAGGUGCAGGUUCAGGUGCUCAUCUGCAGCCUGGAGCAGGUGAGGCUGUUUGCUGGCAAGUUUGAAGCAACUGUCAAACGUUACAAGGACACCUACUACUCAGACCGCUCACAGAUCCAGUACUAUACAACCUACAUCAUUGCCCUGGCCAACAGCUGCCAGGGGAUUGUGGAUGUUGUGAUGAGUAUCAAGGCACAGUUCUGGAAGCCAGGCACAACCACCAACACUAACGACACAAAGAUUGCCACCAAGUUUGAUGCUGUCUUUAAUGUCUAUCAGCAUGUGAGGAACCAGAUGUGUGACCACCUGCUGGGGGAGGCCUUUGAGGACCUGCAGGACCACUUCAAUGCUCUCCUGACCCAGCGGUGGCUGCACGACACUGAGCCCAUGGACACCAUUUGCCUCACUUUCUCUGAUUACUUCAAUGACUACUCUCACCUUCAUCAAAAGAACUUUGACCACAUGGUGCAGCUUGUGCUGAACACAGUGGCGAUACGCUACACCACCGCCAUCCUGCAGAAGCGACUCACACUCAAGACACAGGAGGAUCGCAAGCUGGUGGCCGAGAGGAUAAUUUCUGAAGCUGAGAAGGUGGCCACAGUAUUUGAGCAGGUGGCUCCCGACUUGGUGAAGUUUGACUCCCCCUGUGAUGUGAUGAAGGGUCUUGCUGAGGUCAUUAAGGUCUCUGAUGUUGAAUUCAUCAGCCUGGAAGUUCACCGCUUGCUUCGCAGGUAUCCCGACAUGAGCAGCGACCACCUGACGGCACUGCUGCUGCUGCGUGGGGACCUGGGGCGUCUGGAUGUGAGGCCGCGAGUGGCCGAUAUCAUGAAGGAGAUGAGGACCCAGCGCACCGGACCUACCCAUAAGAGUAUAUUUUCUCACAUCCACGUUUCAACUAAUCUCUUCACUUAGAGGAGGGUGGAAGGCUGCCCCUCAGUAGCCGAGGCGGUCGUUGAGGGAAGUGCGGCCGUCUCCUGACUGAUGCAUGGGAGGCACCCAGGUGUCAUAGUUGGGGUCAUCUUCAUCGUACUUCCUCUUCUCUUUUUUCCUCGGCUGAGUAGGAUUCUGAGGAUGUAAAGUGUGUUUUAACUUCCUAGGUACUUUCUGGACAUGAGUCCUGUGAGACAACUCUGGCUGCAGUACUGAGGAAGCCAGCCCGCCUUGCAGUGGAGCCACACUGAUACCACAAGUGCAUCACUGUAAGCUUGUGCGGCUCAAUACAGAUCACAAUAAAGAUUUAAUAUCGCUAUGUA